AUGGCAUUACCUGUUGCAACCUUGCUCUACAUGAGCUGCAACCUUGAAGACAACGCAGGCGAUGAAGGCGACGAAGUGAGCAGUUUGACCACCGCCGCAAUCCAGCCAUCAGCCUUGACCAAGCUGGAGCGAAACCCUAUCGCGAACUUUUCCGACAGGUCCGAAGAGGCCCUCAAACCCCGAGCCUCCAACCCCAUUCCCACCCCGCACGCAUUGCCGCUGUCUUUCAGCUCUGAGAGACCGCACAUCCAUACGCAGAGGAGGGCCCCGUAUCUCGCUCGGGGCCCAGGCUGGCUGGUGUUUUGUGCCAUGCCCUUGAGGCUCGCAGCGCUCUCCUUGCUGGCGGCGGCUUCCGCUUCCAGCUGCUCCAAGGGCCUAGGUGAGGAAUCUUCGCUGCUGCAGCGCAUCUCCUUGGAAGGCGACGAAGUCAAGUCGGAGUUCCAGGCGUCUGAGGCUCAGGUUCAGGCGGCCCCCCUUCUUGUCAUCCAUGCCGGCGUCCACAAGACUGGAACCACGGCUACCCAGUUUGCCUUGAAGAAAUGCCAGACCUGGGCGGAGCACUUUGGCAUCACUUCCUUGGUCAGCAAGAAGGAAAAAGCCAUCGCGAACCACAACUUCCUGGUGCACCUUUCUGAGCUUGCGAAGAGCCCAGUCCCCCGCUUCAAGGAAGCCUACGACUGGCACAACGAGGAGACCUUCAACGAGACUUGGGCCAUGCUGCAGAAGUGCGAGGAAGCGCAUCACAAGGGCAAGCCUUGCAAGGCCGUGAUUUCAUCCGAGCUGUUUACAGAGGCAGCGUUGCCUGUUUGGAAGCUUUUCCUGCAGCAGCUGAAGGGCUGGAAUGUGCGGGUGUUCAUCAUGCAGCGCGACUACAACUCCUGGCUCCGGGCACUCUAUGGCGAGUACCACAGGUCCUACAUGCUCGACACCGCAAGCAAUCCGAUGCCCCUCUUGGAGUUCAUUACGCAGGGCCCGGGGGCCUUCUUCUCCGCCGAGAGCCUUCUGCACAGAGUCAAGGCAGCCUUCCAGGGCCUCUGCGGAACCAAGGCCGGACCACUGCACUGCUCGGUGAAAGGUGCCUCCUACGAUCAUUUCUUGUCCCAGAACAGGGACCAGUACGAAUUCCUCAUGCUCAACCUGACCAUGAACCUCACCGGCAAUGAGUUCAACCGCGUCAACCAGAGUCUCUGGAAGUACUGCUCGAAGCGCAGCCACAGCAAUCCCUCGGCGAAGAACGCCACGGUGGGCGUUGGCAUUGUGCGUCUCUUGGCCAACGACCACAUCGCCAAUGGCUGCACUCUGCCAUUCAAGCUGACGGCCUUCAACGGCUCCAUCUUGCAUCUGGCCCAGGAGGGCAACAUGCCCACGCAGUGCAUCGACGCGAAAUCCCUGGUCAAGGAUGACGCCGAGAGGUGGUUCGCAGUGACGGAGGGCACUGCUCCCACGACCCUGGAAAGUGAGCCGGUCUGUGUGCUCAAGGAGCGUGGCAUGAACGCGGAGGCGUGGAAGAAGCUUCGCUACAUCGCCCCGCCCUGCAGACCCUCUGACCUGGCUCAGCCGCAAGCUGGGCAGCAGCUGCAUGCUGGCCAGCAGCAUUCUGGCCAACCAUGGCAUGCUGGCAAGCAAUGGCAUGCCAAGCAGAAAGAUGGCAAACAGCAAGAUGGGCUGUCAGCCUCUUCCAAGUGA